GAAGUGGUCUCUAGCUGCAUUUAACAGCGAGGCGUUGAUUAAAAUCUCGUUUUUAUAGCUACUCACUGUAGGAGGAAGAAACGUUUUAAUUAGGAAACACUCCUCUGUGUCCACUCAGCUGUCACAGCUCUGUUCGGUGGAAUAAAAUGGAGGGUCCCCUGCCCAUGUCUGCACUGAGGCUGCUGGUUCCACCUCUGCGGGUGAUGUCAGCAGUUAUGUGGAAGGUGGUCCACCUGAGGAAUGUAAAUCAUUACGGGAAAGUGGAGGAGUUUGUGUCCUUAGUGACUGAAGCUAUCCCUGACAUCUUGACUAGCAGACAGAUGAGGCUUCUCACUCUGGGCUUAAGAGCGAAGAUGACUUUACAGAUGUUAGGUUCAGAACAGUCAGAGGAUCUCAAAAGUGUCAAAACACACUUGGACAACCUUUUGCCAACUAGCUCAAGACAGGCUGAUUCAGCAAAUGAAGCUCUUGAGGCCAACUUUGUUAGGUUUGUUCAAAGACUUUUGGAGGACCCUGAGGGAAGAGGACACUUCCUGAAGGAUGUGUUUCCUGUGAAGUACGGGCCUGACUUCGACAAAGCGCUGGAGACUGUGGUUUGUGAGUUCUUCACCAGACUGGACGCAAUGCUGCUUAUUCCAGACUUUAAACAGACCGCUAUGUGGAUCAGCGAUACACCUUCUGUGCCGGAGGAGUACAUGCAGUGUGUAUCCAAAGCAGAUGACUUCAAAGUGCUGCUCAGAGGCGUGAAGAAAAACGGAAAAUUGGCCAGGAUGAAUGCCAGUGCCCCCUCUCCAUCAGAGCAGCAGCUCUUGUCAUCUUUAUCCCUCACUCCUUUGUUGAGGGAGACCAACACAUCCCAUCAGACAGAGGAUGACUGCAGUCCAGAAAACUGUUCUCUGAGCACCACAGAUGUGGAUGUCAGCACAGUAACAUCUGAAAACCAUAAAGAAGGAGGCAGCGACAGUAUUCCUGAUGUUCACAGUGUUGAUUAUGAUAACCAGGCUUCUGCUACCUGCCAAGCUCCCUCUACAUCUGCUGAGAGCCUUGUGUUGUCCGGCUCUACCAUUGGCCCACCACGGCAGAGAGUUGCACACAAAUGCACUCAGUGUGGGAAGUGCUUCAUUUACCGUUACGAGCUCCUGGAGCAUCAGAGGCUCCACACCGGAGAAAAUCCUUACAAAUGCUCUCAAUGCGGAAAGGCCUUUAGGAGGACCUCUGAUCUAUCCACUCACAGACGGACACAAUGCACAAAAGCUGCUUAUAUUUGCAUCAAAUGUGGAAAUAGCUUUCAGUCCAUACAGGAGAAAUUCAGGCAUCAGUGUGUUCAUAAUGUACAAAAGUUUGACUGUUCUCAUUGUGGGAAAAGCUUUAAGAAAAUGUACUUGCUGGGUAAGCAUGAGCUGACUCACACCCAGAACCGGAUCUUUACAUGCAGACAGUGCGGGGAAGUGUACUCCACUAUGAGUGAGCUGAGAGCCCACCAGAAGAUUCAUCCUCCGGAGCUGUCCAAUCAGUGCAUGCAGUGUGGAAAGUUCUUCAGCUCCGUGGCGUGUUUGACAGCCCACGAGCUGCGCCACAGACAACAGAGAACACAGAUUUGUGCGCGCUGUGGCAAAGCUUUUAAGAACAAACACGACCUGAAUCUUCACAUGCGCAGUCACACAGGCGAGAGGCCAUUCCAAUGCACAUAUUGCGGGAAGCGUUUCUCCGUGUCGGGAAACCUGAACAUACACAUAAGGACCCACACUGGAGAGAAACCGUACCUGUGCUCCGACUGCGGUAAGGCUUUUGUUUCAGCCGGCGAGCUGCAGAUACACAGACGCACCCACACGGGCGAAAAGCCUUACAAAUGCACUGUUUGUGGGAGAGGAUUCACCAUGGCUAGCAAAUUGACACUUCAUAUGCGUGUGCACACUGGGGAACGGCCUUACAUCUGCACCGAAUGCGGGAAAGGAUUUUCACGUGGCAGCGAAUUGAAAAAACAUACCAUGAACCACACAGGCAUCCGACCCUUCGCUUGUCAGUUGUGUGCAAAGACUUACACGUGCCUCAAUCACCUUAAGAGACAUUUGAAAUCUCACAGUGUGGUCCAAACACAGUCGACCUGAUACUGUCCAUUUCCAUGUUGCCUUUUCCUCAAAUUAAUAUAUUAUUUAUGGGCCUAGCCUGUUCUGAUUGUGGUGUUGACCAUAUGCAGUGCCAUGAGUUUAGUACUCACUUUCUCUUUCCAGGACUAUGUUUGUGGAAGUUGUUGUUUUUUAUUAACUGACUGAUUGCUCUUCCUUUUUUGUUAGAUCAUAAGUGCAGUUAUUGGGCCUGACAUCUAAGUGUGUAAUAUUUCUCUGAUGUCUUAUGUUAAAAUGCUCACUGAGGAAAUGUUCUCUUGUGCCUAUAUUUCAGUUAACACUAAACAGUUAACACUACUUGUCAGUGUCAGUGUUGUUCAAUGUCAGU